UCCUACGCUUUGAAUGGCUUUAAACGGCAGCUACUGGCGAUGAAUAGUUUUCGUUACAUGUGUGUAGAAAGUAAAGUCCAAGUAGCUGCCAUUGCAGGAAGAAAGGUACAGGAAACAACUCCAAAAGAUGGUUCUAACAAAUCUGGACAGAAGAAAACAUUUCAACAUACCGAGCGUUAUCUGAAGUUCAAGGAGAAGCUGCGUUCGGAGGCGCCUUUAUCGUGUCUGCCCGAAAACGGUCUGCAUCCGGCAGCCGAGAAGGAACCGCUUGAGCGCUGGCCCAAUAACAAGAAUCCGUAUACAGGUGAAAUCGGUGGUCCGGCUGGGCCAGAGCCCACACGUUACGGCGACUGGGAGCGCAAGGGGCGUGUGACAGAUUUCUGACAAUGUCGAACAAGAGUCUUUGGAGUGAACCCAACCCACAAUUCUGAUUUAUGACGCCCAGACAGCUGGAAAACAAAGGCAAACAGUAGUUCCCCUCCCCCUAAGAACCGUGUUAACUGCCACAGCACGUAAAUUUGUUACAAUUCCCCUGAAAAAUCAUAUAAAACAAAGUUUUGGAACGGUAGCCACCAGUGCGGACCCUACACCUGAGCCAGAAGCAUAAACAGAAACAGAUUCGUCCAUUCUACGAAGGCAUUACAUAAAUUUCCAUUGUAUUGUAUAUGUGAUUUAAGUUUACCUUUCGUUUUCUCUCCCUGCUGCCUCAUGUGGUUUCCAGAAUUUACGCAUGUAUGGCUGAACAAAUAAAACGCAUCUACGAGUAUACUAUA